CGCACUUCGCCCCUAAUGCGGAAGCGAAGUUCACCUCCACUAGGCCGGAGUUGAAACAUUACACAAUACGUCAUUCACAAAUACCGUUCAGUUGUGUGAGCGUCGUGUGUGUUUUUAUCAGGAGAAGAGCAACAGAUUUUCAGCAAUGAAUCCUGACCUUCGCCGAGAAAGAGAAAAUGCUACCUUCGAGUCGGAAAUUCUUACAAACUUCCUGGACGGAGGUGUAGAGAAGACCCGCAGGAGAAGAGAAAUAGAAUCUCUGGUCAUUAAUGACCCUGACUUCCAGCAUGAAGACCUGAACUUCCUGUCCCGCAGUGAGCGCUAUGACGCGGCCGUGAAGAAGAGUGUCCUGAUGUUUUCGAAGCUCAGGGAUUAUGGCAUUUCUGAUCCUGAGGAGAUAUACUCCUAUAAGAGAUGUGUACACAACGGACGCUCGAAUCCUCUGGACCUGCACCUGGGGAUGUUUCUGCCCACGCUGCUAAACCAGGCCUCGCCGAAUCAGCUAGACACCCUCUUCACACCCGCAUGGAACCUGGAGAUUAUCGGCACCUAUGCCCAGACAGAGCUCGGGCACGGAACGCACAUCCGUGGACUCGAGACCACAGCAACCUAUGACCCCUCCACGCAGGAGUUUGUCCUGAACAGCCCGACGGUCACUUCCAUCAAGUGGUGGCCAGGAGGAUUGGGUAAGACGUCCAAUCACGCCAUUGUGUUGGCCCAGCUUUACACACAGGGCAAGUGUCACGGCCUCCACGCCUUCAUCGUCCCUAUCCGGUGUAUGAAAACCCACCAGCCUCUGCCAGGCGUGGUUGUAGGCGACAUUGGCCCCAAAUUCGGCUUUCACGAGGUGGAUAACGGAUUUCUGAAGCUGGACAACAUUCGGAUUCCACGUGAGAAUAUGCUGAUGAAGUACGCCAAGGUCCAACCUGACGGCAUGUACGUGAAGCCCCCCAGUGAUAAGCUGACAUACGGCACCAUGGUGUUUAUCCGCGCCAUGAUUGUAGGAGAGUCGGCCAUGGCUCUGUCCAAAUCCUGCACCAUCGCGAUCCGCUACAGCGCCGUCCGUCAUCAGUCUGAACUACGAGCUGGAGAGCCUGAGCCGCAGAUCUUGGAUUACCAAGCUCAGCAGUAUAAGCUCUUCCCGCUGUUAGCCACGGCCUACGCCUUCACCUUUGUGGGCCAGUACAUGAAGAACACAUAUAAUCGCAUCACUGGAGACAUCAACCAGGGAGACUUUAGCCAGCUGCCUGAGCUCCACGCUCUAGCUGCAGGUUUGAAAGCGUUCACUACCUGGAGUGUGAAUGCAGGGAUUGAAGUGUGUCGGAUGGCAUGCGGAGGUCACGGUUACUCUCAAAGCAGCGGCCUGCCGGACAUCUACGUCACCUUUACAGCCACGUGCACCUACGAGGGCGAGAACACCGUCAUGAUGCUGCAGACGGCCCGGUACCUGGUGAAGAGCUACAGACAAGUGCGUGAUGGAAAGCAGCUCAGUGGUACUGUCUCAUAUUUGAAUGAAUCUCACCAGCGUUUUCAGCCUCAACCCACUGGCUCCAGACCCACAGUCAUCAACAUCAACGACCUGCAGAGCCUCGUGGAGGCCUACAAACUCCGUGCUGCCAACCUGGUGGAAACGGCGGCGAAGAGCCUGCAGACAGAGCUCCAGCGCAGCAAGAGCCAGGAGGACGCCUGGAACAACAGCUCCUUAGAGCUCGUCCGAGCCUCUGAUGCCCACUGUCACUACGUAGUGGUGAAGCUGUUUGCUGCCAAGCUGAGUGAGAUCAGUAACACAGCCGUGUACUCCGUCCUCAGCACUCUCGCUCUGCUCUAUGCCCUGCACGGUGUUGCCAGCAACUCUGGAGACUUUUUGCAGGCUGGUCUACUGACCGUUCCUCAGCUGUCUCAGAUCACUCAGAGGAUAAAGGCCCUGAUGGCUGAGAUCCGUCCGAACGCUGUGGCUCUGGUGGACGCCUUUGACUACCGUGACGAGAUGCUGAACUCGGCGCUAGGCCGCUAUGACGGGAAUGUCUACGAGAGCAUGUUCGAGUGGGCCAAGAGAUCUCCACUCAACCGUACAGAGGUCCAUGAAUCAUACUACAAGUACAUGAAACCUCUGCAGUCCAAACUGUGAGCGUGAAGCUAGGACUUCUCUUCAACUAACAUAUAAGGGCACUAAUUGCUAGAUGGAGAAUAAUCUCUCAAUCACGUGUAAUUGAUCUGACAGAGCCUCUGCAGUUACAGCCCAUAUAAAUCAGUGCUGCUCUUGGACCAGUUUCUCUUUUUUUUUUUUUUUUUUUUUUGGUUAAUGCUGUAAUCUAAAGUGACUUACAAGUGAGGAAGUUUGUCAUGGCUCUAUGGCAUUCCUGGGAUGUAAAUUCAGAACCAUCCCGUCACUACAGUAGAAACGUAACCCGUGAGCUCCUACUGCCAUCUUUUGUCUUUUACAUUUUAAGUUAAUAUGCUAAUGUAGACAGGGCUGCUGAUCCCAGGUCAGAACGUGAUAAAUAUGGGUCUGGAUAGAUACACUGUACAUGGUCCACAGUGGAACAGAAACACUGCAUAGGAGACACUGGUAAUUUCUUUGAUUGACUUUGUGCUUUGAAUUUUAACCACUGUUUAGAUGUCCAGAUUUGUGUACUAUAUUGUAAGUUACAUGUAUGGUUGGAAUCAAUUUUUUUAUAAUUGCACAUCAUCUCAUUUUGGCUUAUUUUGGGAAAAAAAGGUGAUAUUGCCCUUCAUUUGAUACUAGCAUUGAUAAUAUCAGUGAAAUGUGAUGGAUAUUGCAUCUGUAAAAUGUUAUUCCCACAUGUUUUCCUGUUCAAUAGGUACAGCACUUGCUGUACUGAAAUUGUAUGGUGGUCCUGAUGAGACUCAGCAUUUGUUGAAUUAUAAUGUAAAAAUGUGUAAUGUUUUGUUAAUUUUAAAAAUUCACAACAAUGCGUACUGCUGUGAGUUUCUAGAUUUCACAUAAACAUGUCCGUUUUCACGAUUUCAUAAGGAAUUUUCACAGUAUGUGUAAUUUUUCAGCAAUAAAAAUUGCUAAUAGAAUUAUGAAGUAUUUGAAAACUCAAGACUAAAUACCCUAUCAGAAGCAGUACAAAUAUAAAAUGAGACUGCCUGGUACAUUAAAGCACCUUAUAAAACGGAGCCACAUGUGUAAUACUUCUUCUCUCACCAGACAGAAUUUAGAUGGAUGUGUCUUGAAUCACUGUCACGGCUCCCUAUUUCUAGAGAUUGGAAUGUUAUAUAAUUAUGGAUAUUUGAGUGACUGUUGAAGGCACAGCUUGCACUUUCAUCACCUUAUAAUAUCCUGCCUUAAUUUGUUGAUGUUGUAGUUUUAUUCAAGGCCAAUGCAUUUUUGUCUUUUGUUCUACAGGAAACUUUCCAUUGUGUCAAUUAAAUGGCUUAGUCCUGCUUACUUUUUGAUUUUGGACCCAUAGUUUGAUUUAUGCUACAAUGAAUUAGAAGUAAAACUACAGUCUAACUCUGGAAAAUGCUAAAACCACAGAAAUGAUUUUAAUUCUGAUAGCUUUUGUCAAGGUUGAUCACUUGAUUAUGACAAAUAAAAUAUUUCCAAUCAAGUUUA